AAACAAUAAUAAAUCCACUUCAUCCAAAGGUUUUCGAGUUUUCUCCCUUCGGUUUUUUGGCCCCAAAUUCUUUCCCCUCCUCCGCUUCUCCCCAUUUCAGUUCCCAAACCCCAGAAAAUUCCUUUUCCCUCACCAAAAUAAUAAUCUCCAAAUUUAUAUAUCAGAACUUUUCUCAGCCGUUCGAUCUGUUUAAUCCCAUAGAACGAACGACCUAAAAUCCUUCUUUUCUUUUCUUUUCGAUUCUGAAUUUUUUCAACUUCGAUUCGAUUCUUUUUUUUUUUUCGUUUUUUAUUUUCCAUAGGUAUCUGUAUAUAAGUGUAUAGAUAUUAGAUUGAGAGAGGCAGAGGGAUUUCAAUUAGGUUGGGGAAAGAUGAAUAGUAGUAAUCAGAAGAAGAGGAAUUUCCAGAUAGAGGCGUUCAAGCAUAAAGUGGUGGUGGAUCCGAAAUACGCUGACAAGACUUGGAAGAUUCUGGAGCAUGCAAUUACCGAGAUUUACAACCAUAACGCCAGUGGCCUCAGCUUCGAAGAGCUUUAUAGAAAUGCUUACAACAUGGUGUUGCAUAAAUUUGGUGAGAAGCUGUACUCAGGCCUUGUAGGGACAAUGACUCUUCACCUACAAGAGAUGGCAAAAACCAUAGAGGCGGCCCAAGGUAAUUUGUUCCUGGAAGAGCUUAACAGAAAAUGGAAUGAUCAUAACAAGGCAUUGCAGAUGAUCCGUGACAUAUUGAUGUACAUGGACCGGACUUUCAUUCCCAGUAAUCGUAAAACCCCUGUUCAUGAGCUUGGGCUAAAUCUCUGGAGGGACAAUGUGAUACAUUCAAGUAAGAUACAGACUAGGCUUCUGGAUACGCUUCUUGAACUCAUACAAAAAGAAAGGACUGGUGAAAUCAUUAACAGGGGGCUGAUGAGAAAUAUAAUUAAGAUGCUAAUGGACUUGGGAUCUUCAGUGUAUCAAGAAGACUUUGAGAAACAUUUUCUUGAAGUUUCAGCUGAUUUUUACAGGGCAGAAUCACAGGAUUUCAUCGAGUGUUGUGAUUGUGGAGACUAUCUUAAGAAAGCUGAAAGACGUCUAAAUGAAGAGAUCGAGAGGGUCUCACUGUACUUGGAUUCAAAGAGUGAAACUAAGAUUACCAAUGUCGUGGAGAAGGAGAUGAUUGCGAGCCACAUGCUUCGACUAGUUCACAUGGAUAAUUCAGGCUUGGUGAAUAUGCUAAUUGAUGACAAGUAUGAGGAUUUGGGGAGGAUGUACAACUUAUUCCGCCGGGUCCCUAAUGGUCUUCCAACAAUAAGAGAUGUUAUGACUUCACAUUUAAGAGAAACUGGUAAGCAGCUUGUUACUGAUGCUGAGAAGUUGAAGGAUCCUGUCGAAUUUGUCCAGUGCCUCUUGAAUGAGAAAGAUAAGUAUGAUAAAAUCAUAAAUUUAGCUUUUAGCAAUGACAAAACUUUCCAGAAUGCCUUGAACUCCUCCUUUGAGUACUUCAUUAAUCUUAAUCCUCGUUCUCCGGAGUUCAUUUCUUUGUUUGUGGACGAGAAACUGCGGAAAGGUCUGAAGGGAGUCAGUGAGGAAGAUGUUGAGACUAUUCUUGACAAGGUUAUGAUGCUUUUCCGGUAUUUGCAGGAGAAGGAUGUCUUUGAGAAAUACUACAAACAGCAUUUGGCAAAACGACUUCUAUCAGGAAAAACAGUUUCUGAUGAUGCUGAGAGAAGUCUGAUAGUCAAGUUGAAGACAGAAUGUGGGUAUCAGUUUACGUCAAAAUUAGAGGGUAUGUUCACUGACAUGAAAACAUCUCAGGAUACUAUGCAAGGGUUUUAUGCUGCAUAUGCUGCUGAGUUAGGCGAUAGUCCCACACUGGUUGUCCAGGUUCUGACAACAGGGUCCUGGCCAACACAACCUAGUAUCACUUGCAAUCUGCCCGCUGAAAUGUCUGCUCUUUGUGAAAAGUUCCGUUCAUAUUAUCUUGGGACACAUACAGGUCGGAGGCUCUCCUGGCAAACAAACAUGGGCACUGCUGAUCUGAAAGCAAUCUUUGGAAAAGGGCAAAAGCAUGAGCUGAAUGUGUCCACUUACCAGAUGUGUGUCCUCAUGCUAUUUAACAGUGCUGAUAGGCUCAGCUACAAGGAAAUUGAGCAGGCGACUGAGAUUCCUUCAUCUGACUUGAGAAGAUGCUUGCAGUCCCUGGCAUGUGUCAAGGGGAAGAAUGUUCUUCGGAAAGAGCCAAUGAGCAAAGAUAUUGGAGAAGAAGAUGCUUUUUUUGUGAAUGAUAAGUUUACAAGCAAGUUUUACAAGGUGAAGAUAGGAACUGUAGUUGCACAGAAGGAAUCUGAGCCUGAAAAACAGGAGACACGUCAGAGGGUUGAAGAGGACAGGAAGCCCCAGAUUGAGGCUGCUAUAGUUAGGAUCAUGAAAUCUCGGAGGGUGUUGGAUCAUAACAACAUUAUUGCAGAGGUGACCAAGCAGUUGCAAUCUCGUUUUCUGGCCAAUCCUGGAGAAAUAAAGAAACGAAUUGAAUCCCUCAUUGAGCGUGAUUUUUUGGAGAGGGAUAGUUCAGAUAGAAGAUUGUAUCGGUAUCUUGCGUGAGCAAGCUAGUUUGGUGUAUUCCUUGUUCUCUUGGGUCAGGUUGGGUUUUACCCCAAAUUACAGUUUGCAAAUGUUCAUUUUAACUUGCAUGCGAUCUUUCUUGACAUUGAUUGAGAUUUCGUCUUGUUAAUACCCUUGUUUAGGCGUGCA